CUUAUACCGCCAAAAAAUUUUAAAAAAAAAACGAAAGGGAAAGAAAAGAAAGGAGUCAAGCGAUCUCCCGCAUUUGAUCUCCAAAAAUUAGGGUUUUUGUGCCCCCACCAUUCCUCUUUCGCUCCAAUUUCUCCUAAACCCCUCGUUUCAAAUUUCCACACACCAUCUCCUCCUUUGCCUGUCGUUGCUUCUUCUGAUUCAAUAUUAUUAUACAAAUCCGUUCAGCUACUUCUGCUCGUCUGGCCGCUCGCCUUCGCCGCUGUUACAUUCAGGCACCAUUUCCGUGUGUGUAUGCUUAGACAAUAUGUUUUGGAAGCUCGCAGCUCUUUCUGCUUCUUCCCCUGUUGAGUCUGUGCUUGACAAGGAAAAUUUUACACUGGAAGAGCUUUUAGAUGAAGAGGAAAUAAUCCAAGAGUGCAAAGCAUUAAACAGCCGUGUCAUAAGUUUUUUGAGAGAUAGAGCUCAGGUUGAGCAGCUGGUGCGAUAUAUUGUUGAGGAACCACCAGAGGAUACAGAUAGCAAAAGGACCUUCAAGUUCCCUUUUGUCCCAUGUGAAAUUUUCACUUGUGAAAUUGAUGUCAUCUUGAAGACUUUGGUGGAGGAAGAGGAGCUUAUGCAUUUACUCUUCUCUUUUUUGGAACCAAACUGCCCUCACACUGCAUUUUUGGCUGGGUACUUUAGUAAGGUUGUGGUUUGCCUGAUGAUACGGAAGACCACCCAACUAUUGAAUUAUGUCAAGGCCCACCAAGAUGUUCUUCAACAGUUGGUUGAUUUGAUUGGUAUAACAUCCAUCAUGGAGAUCUUGGUGCGACUUGUAGACGCAGACGAUCAUUUAUAUCCAAAUUCUUUGGAUGUUAUGCAAUGGUUGACGGAUAGCAACUUGUUAAAAAUGAUUGUGGACAAGCUCAAUACCUUGGAAAAUAAUGAGUGGAGUGAGUGGAACACUACUAUCCUACAGGAGCGUAACCUGGUUGAAAAUGUACAUCGAUGGGCUUGUGGGAGCCCAACUGCAUUGCAGGAGAGAACUAGGGAUAGUGACGAGGAAGAUGUUCAGGAUAGAGAUUAUGAUAUUACAGAACUAGCAAACAAUUUAAGCCAGAAUUUUAGAUACACCAUCUAUGACAAUGAUGAAAAUGAGGGUCAUGGUGGAUCUUUCGAUCGUAAUGAUGAGGUUUACUUUGAUGAUGAAUCUACUGAGGUCGUAAUUUCAUCCCUCAGGUUGGGUGAUGAUCAUGGGAGCAGUUUGUUCACAAAUUCCAACUGGUUUGCCUUCCAAGAUGAUAGAAAUGGUGGUGAUGUGCCAAUGAACACCUCAUCUUCUGACAUGGUGGAUGAUAUUAAUUUGAAUGGAAUAAUGAAUGGUGGUAACAGCAGCAGUGAUGAUGAGGUUAUGGUUGGAGAGGAUGAGGAAAUGACAGAGAGCAGCAGGUCAUCUCCGAAUGGAUCAUCUAGUUUUCAGGCUAAUGGCUUUGAUGGAUUCAGUGUAAACAACUCUAUGGGUGACAGAGACUCCUCAGAUACCAUGGAUGAAAAAACUGCUGCUUCUAAUGACUUGGGUUUCUUUCGCUUUGAGUCACCAGACAACAACCCUUUUGGAGACAGACUGUCACACCUCAACCCCUCUGACGUUUACUCUUUUAAUAAAUAAAUCCUUUAUCAUAAAAGCAAUCAAUACACGUGUCUAAUUCAUAGAACACCCAUA